AUGCCUGUCUCGAAGCGAGUCGUAGCAUGUCUGUGGAAAUACCCACCCUCUCUCCCUCAGAUGCCAGUCUGCGCUCUCCGCCGAGGUCACCAGUUUAACCGCCAGGGCAGAGCCUAUCAUUCCUCUAGAAGCCAUCUCAACGACGCUCAGAGACCUGAUCAGGCUCAGCCUCUUUCAGGGUAUUACGCCGACCUUCUCUCCACGCCUAUGUCUACGCAACCUCCCCUCCCCACAUCCACAUCCAAUUCCAAUUCAUCAAAAUCAUCGCAGUUGCAGGCAAAAGAAGAGAGAGCGAGAGUAGUUUUUGGCUCUCGUCUAGCCGGCUCUGGCUACGAGAGAAGGUCUUCUGAUACGCCUGAUGCGACAUGGCGCACUAUCAAUGGAGUUCCCGUACCGCCCCGCCCUGCAGAACCAGAUAAUUGCUGCAUGAGUGGAUGUGUUCAUUGUGUAUGGGAUGAUUACCGGGACGAGGUCGAAGGAUGGGCUCUUCGAUUAAAGGAAGCACACGCCAAGGCAGCAGGGGGAUUUGGCUCAGGAGGGCAAGGGGUGAGCGCAAAGGUAGGGAUGCACAGAAACGAAGUUGCAAGCGCGAGCACGAGCAUGGAUGAUGAUGGGGGCGGAAGCGAGACCCAUUGGGAUGGGAUUGGUGCUGGAGAGCUCUUUUCUAGUAUACCAGUAGGUAUUAGAGAGUUUAUGCGGACUGAAAAGAGGUUAAGGGACCGGCAUAAAAGGGAGAAGCGAAAAGCAUAA